AUGUCGCGGGCGAGAUGUGAGCGCGCGACUAACACCCCAGCAGAGAGAACACUGCACCUCGACACCUCCAGCCGGCACCGCACCUGCAACGGCCGCCGCAUCGAGCUGCACACCUGGCACGGCCCCGACGACAAGGACAACCCCUUCAACUGGUCGCCCGCGUACAAGUGGUUCCUAACCGGCACCGUGUGCUUCGUAUCGAUCCUCACAGGCCUGCCAGCAGGCUCGUACGGGUCCGGAAACGCCUGGAUGGCGCCGCUGUGGCGCGUGCAGAACGACCCGUUUCCGAACCUGUACUGGGCGACCGCGAGCUGGAACGUGGGCGCUGCGCUGGCGCCGCUGGUGUUUGUGCCGCUGACGGAGAAUACGGGGAGGAUGCCUGGGUACUUUAUUGGGUACAUCGUGUUCGAGCUGUUUCUGUUCGGGUCGGCGUUCGCGGACAACUUCGCGACGAUUGUGGUGACGCGGUUUUUCGGCGGCGGGGCGUCGUCGGUGGCGAUUAAUAUUGUCGGCGGCAGCAUCAGCGAUAUCUGGAAGGGGGACCGGGCGCGCAGUUUACCGAUGUCGCUGUUUGGGUUCACGAGCGUGGCGGGGAUUGCGCUGGGCCCGUUCGUGGGGAGUGCGAUUGUGCAGCUGCAGAAGCCGAGCGGGGGGCUCGAUGCGCCGUGGCGGUGGAUCUACUACAUCCAGAUCAUCUACAACGCCGCGCUGAUUCCGGUCUUCUGGCUCAUCCUGCGCGAGACGCGCGGCGAUGUGAUUCUGGCGAAGCGCGCGAAGCGGCUGCGCAAGGAGACGGGGCGCGAGAUAUACGCCGAGUCGGAGCUGGACAAGCCGUCUGUGGCGGCACUGAUCAAGAUCUCCUUCAUGCGGCCGACGAAGAUGCUGCUCACGGAGCCCGUGGUGAUCUUCUUCACGCUGUGGAUCUCGUUCGCGUGGGGCAUCCUGUUCCUGUUCUUCAGCUCCGUGGUGCAGACGUUCGGCGACGCGUACGGGUUCGGCAUCUUCCAGACGGGCCUGGUGCAGCUCGCCAUCACGGUCGGCGCGCUCAUCGGCACCCUGGUCAACCCGCUCCAGGACUGGAUGUAUCUGCGCUCGGCGCACAAGAACGUCGAGAGGCCCGGCAAACCGAUCCCGGAGGCGCGGCUGUACACCAGCAUUCCCGGGUCGCUGCUGUUCACCGCAGGUCUGUUCAUGUACGGGUGGACGUGCCGACCGAGCAUCCACUGGAUCGUGCCUGCCAUCGGCGUCGCAAUCGUCGGCGUGGGCAUCUACUCCAUCUACAUGGGCGUCGUGAACUACCUCACCGACGCGUACGAGAAGUACGCCGCAUCCGCGCUCUCGGCAGCGUCGCUGGGCCGCAACACGUUCGGUGCGUUCCUGCCGCUCGCAUCGGGGCAGCUCUUCUCGACACUGGGGUUUGGAUGGGCGGGGAGCUUGCUGGGGUUUGUGGGUCUCGCGCUGAGUGUGGUGCCGGUGGUGCUGCUGUUCAAGGGCAGGGAGAUCAGGGCAAGGAGCCCGUUUAUGUUGGAUAGUACGUUUGACGGAGAAGAGGCGGAGGGGCGGAGGAAGAGCUCCGUGACAGAGUAG